AAAAAGAAAAGGUGUUAUUUCAACAGCAUUCAAAGCUGUCACGUACCUUCUAUUCAUACAGCCUUCCUGAUUGAAUAGAAGCGUAUUGGCAAUGAAAUCAUAGACUAAUGAUAACAGCGAAUUCUGCCUUUGAGACGUCAAUUGCAAAACUCAUUCAAUGCUCGGCUUCUUGCACUCUGAUUCCACCAUCUUGAUAAUGUAAAUACUUGCGUAAUAAUUGCGUUAAUUUUAUUAUUUUAGGGUUAUGGUUUAGGGCUUAGGAUCAGGUAUAUGAUUAGAUUAGCGUUACAACAAAGCAAUAGCACGUUCAAAGUGAAAUUUGUGAAAUAUAAAAGUGUCAAUCACAUUAUCAAAGAACAUAUUAUUGAUCGCUGGUCUAUCUUUUUGGUCCAAUGCUUGUCAAUAAUCAAUGACAAUCUACACAUAUUGAAUUUAAAAUAAUUUACAAUUAAUGUUACAGAAAUUUCUCAUAAUUAGCAUUAUCAAUCUUUGCUGAAGUCAACGAACGAAGUCAAUUCAACGACUCAACAUGGCCGCAGCAAAGGAGGCUAAAAACAUACUGCGCAAAGAAAUGAAGCGUCGUAUUUCACGAAUGUCUAUCGAAGAGAAGCAACGCCAAUCAACUCAAGUUGCCACUAAGUUAUUUGCUAUGAAAGAAUUUAAUGAUAGUAGCCGCAUUUCUGUUUUUCUUAGUAUGAAGGACGAGAUUGACACAUUUACCAUAAUGGAAAGGAUAUUUGAAUUGAAGAAACAAUGUUUUAUACCACAUUAUAUUGGAUCUAAAAUGAAUAUGGUGGAAUUGAAAUCAUUAUCAGAUUAUGUCUCGUUACCGGUUACGAAUUGGAACAUUAAACAACCUUCAGAUGACGACAUCCAACCAGAUGCAAUGGAUACUGGAGGAUUGGAUCUCAUUAUUGUACCUGGGCUAGCCUUUACCAAACAAGGUCAUCGACUUGGACGUGGUAAAGGCUAUUAUGAUAAAUACAUUGUGAAAUACAACAGGAACGGAUUUGUGUCUCCAAUUACCAUAGCAUUAGCUUUUAAUGUUCAAAUUUGUGACUUUGUGCCAACAUCUUCCAAUGAUGUGGCCAUUAAUCAUGUGAUUUAUUCGGAUUAAAUCUAAGGCUAGGCUCUUAAACCAUCAUUUUGUGUUGACCCAAAUUAAAUGUGGUUGUAUGUUCAUCAACAUUGUAAAGUGAGAUUCAAAGUCUGCAUACUUUUAACAACUAAAUUGAGCUACUCGAAAUGAAAGCAAGAGAAAUAUGUUUAUUUUAAUGAAUGACUUACAUUGGAUUGUUUUUGGUCACAUACAGUGUGAGAGAAGAUAAAAACUCAAUAAAAAGUCGAGACAUAUUUUAUUAAAAUAGUAAAAUUUUUCUUUUACA